GCACUAGUUGUCAACCGGAGAAACAGGCGUUGACCUGUGUGUGUCGUCAACACGGCGUUUGAGCAAGGGGUGAAGUGAGUGCUACGACCCAGUGUAUCAAGUUUUGUUGGACGUGAAGACCCCGCGCGAUGGCGGUGAAUGAACAGAGAGGGUAUCGGUCUGGUGGCGAUAGUCGGAGGAGGGAUGAGCGCCGAAGUGAGGAGCGUAAAGAAGACGACCUGCGUGAUGAGGAUCAUACCAGGCGGUAUAGAGCGCCGACAUGUUUCAACUGUCACGAGCCAGGGCACUAUGUGAACCAGUGCCCUGAGAAGAAUCGAAGGCGAUAUUACUCGGAAAGACCAUCGACGUCCUAUGACUCUCGAGGGGGGCGUUCACCUCGUAGGCGGGAUUAUCGGCAUGAUAACUCACCCGGAAAGGAGGUGAUAAGCAGUACGGUCGCUGAACUUGGAAAAUCCGUGGCUGCUAUGAAGGACUUCUACGAGGAGGCACGGCUGGAGGAGGCUAAGGAGCGUCGGAGGACCGAGAAGAUCGAGGCUGAAGAGCGGGAGGCGGCUGAACGGGAGAAGGCGGAGCGCAAAGCUAAGAAGAAGAUGGAUAAGAUGAGACGGGAGGCGGAGGUCAAAGCUGAGCGAAGGGCGGAGCUCCGUAAGGAUAACGACAUUCAUCUAGUGAUCCGUCUGAGCGAGAUGGAGGACAAUUUCUCCGCAAAGAUGAAGUGUGUUACUGAGCCACUAAAAGAACUGCUCAAGAAAGGGAAGAGGAAAGUUACGUAUGCAUCCGCCAGUGACACGACUUCGGAGGAAGCCAGCGACACAAGCGUGACGCAAGAGUUGAGUGAGCAGGCAGGCAGAUUGUUUAUCUCCGAAAAAAGGAAGCGCGGCCCCGAGCAAGUUGUGGGAGACAGCCCACCAAUGGAGCUAACCCCGAAGCGUACGCCAAGGAAGGGAGCCUUGAAACCGACGAAGCUGACCGGCAGGCUCACAAGGGUGAAGAAGAUGGUGAAAUCGCCUAGAUCAGCCAAGCGGAAGGCGCCCGUAAAGACGCCGUUAUCCACCAGAUUGAAGACGGUCAUUCGGGCGAAGACACCAGUUCAGGCGGUUACCCCGGCUAAGAAAGGAGCGCUGCAGCGUCUGCGUUUCCGUGAUGUAGUUCUGAGUGACCUCAAGACCUUCGACGCUACGGAAUUGCAGCGUAUCUGCAAGGAGGAGGGUGUUCCGUAUGACGGUAAGAUCGACGCUAUCUUUGCAAUAGCUUACAGACGUGUUUGUGAGAGGUAUGGGCCUGACCAUCUCGAGAUUACCGAUGUUAUCGAGGUAAUCGAUAGUGAGGCGGGUCAACCGUCGGAAGAUCAGAGUGGGAAGAAGUCGAGACUAGGGAGGAAGGAGCGUAACAAAUCUCGGAAGGAGAGGCAGGGUAAUGUCGUGGAUUGUAAGAUCAUCCGGGAUAGACGGUCGGUGGAUGAGCCGUGGGUAGUUGACUUUUAUCACUUGUUUGAUAAUGGGGUUAGUGAUGGCCUGCUAAACCCACGCGUCAUUAUCGAGGGAGGGAAAGUAUGGCAUACUGGCUGGAAAAAGUUUGUCAGGGCCUUUGGUGAGACCAAGUUACGGAAGGAUGGACAGAUUAUGAGACUUAGAGAUUCUAAGCGUAUUUUGGAGGAAGGAGGGGAGUUCGAGAAUAUGGGAAAGGACUACUCGUUUGAUGGACGAUGUGCUGUUGUCGAUUGCGGCACGAGAUACCGAGAAAAGGGAUAGGAUAUUAUCUUCCUUUGAAGAGUGUUAUCCAGCAGAGCUUACUCUG